AACGAACUCUACACCAGUCCGCAGUUGGUGAUGACUCUACGCCUAAACGACACAAAUGGUGACGAUGAGUCACAAUGGAGCAGUCGAAUGACGAUUAUGUCCGAAGACGGGUGGAGGAGGAAGCAGGAGCUGCUGCAGGCGCUCAGGCAACAGCGAAUCUUCUUGCGUCCAGCUCAGGCACUGCCUGAGGUCUCCACUUACGAGGACUAUGAGAGCUGGACGAUAGCGACCAAACCAUUCAGACCUCUCAACUUAUUCGGGCACGAGGCGAAUCUACUGAUGCAUCGGGAUCUGGGUAGUUUUGACGAAACUUAUUUCGAUGUCGAGUGGCGUUCGGCAAACAGUCUGCUUCAUUUUGUUCUACUUCCUCGCACUCAACUGUACAUGGCACCCAACCUCUUCGUUAUCUACGCAUCAAAGCUGCCGAUUGGCUCGAAAUGGGCUUUGGCUACCGAGCGAGUUCGCCGACAAAAGCUCUACAGCGGGCUUUCACGAGGCAGCAUUUCGUGUUUUGGGUUGCGAAUAUGCAGCUUUAAGAAACCAGACUAG